GUAAUGUGUCAUGUAAUGACAUAUGGGAUAUAUUUGCACGUGUACGACAACUGGAGGCUAUUUUCUCUCAAUUGGGAUUCACCCUGGACGUGGAUAUUGACUGCCAUCGCGAUUGACCUUGGUUACUACAUCUUUCAUCGCGCUUUACAUGAGGUGAACCUGUUUUGGGCAGUUCAUCAAUUGCAUCACAACUCCAAGGAAUGCAACCUCACAACGGCUCUUCGGAAUAGUCUCCUUCUGCCCUGUUUUGAUUUCGUAUUCUACAUCCCAACGGCGCUGCUGGGUGCCCCACCAAGUCACAUUCUAGUCCACACCCAAUUGAACCUUCUCUACCAGUUCUGGCUUCAUACGGAGACAAUUUCCUCCCUGGGACCUCUUGAGUACAUCAUCAACACCCCAUCGCAUCACCGAGUCCAUCACGGAUGCAACCGGUACUGCAUAGACAAGAACUAUGCAGGAGUGCUCAUCAUCUGGGAUCGAAUUUUUGGGACGUUUGAACCCGAAAGCGAGCAAGUUGUUUAUGGCCUCACCCAUACAGUCAGCACAUUCAAUCCCAUGAAACUCCAAUUUCACCAUUUUCAGAACAUCUGCAAAUCCUUAUGGGAGAUGAAGAGCUUGGAGGACCGGCUGAAAGUCCUUUUCUAUGGCCCAGGCUGGAAACCUGGGCAACCAAGGCUUUACCCUAAGGAUCUCCUGCCUGGCGUCAGUCUCUAAGUUCAAAUAAUUUCUUGAUAUCAAUCAAAAAAAUCAAAUGAAUU